AUGGCGGACGAUGAGGACGACUUCGGCCUCUCUUCGAGCGACGAGACGGAAUUGUUGAAGCUCGAAAUUACCACGGGACAUCAAAUCAAGCGGAAGCGCGAGGACGAUGAUGCUGACGAUGGCCCGAAGAUCAAGUGUGAAGACCAGGAUCAAGCGUCUGAUCACUUGCCACAAAUCAAGGUCAAAUGCGAGGUUGAGGACGACGAGCAGACCAGUCGGUCCCCAAAGGUCAGCAAUGGUCUGACACGAGCGGCGGCCGUCGAAAUCUCCAACAAGAUCCGGGAAGAACGGUUCAAACUUUCCUCUUUUCGAAUGUCGCAAGAGGAAGUCAUUGUCCGAUUACUUCAAGGCGAGAAUGCUGCUGUGGUUUUUCCCACCGGGGGCGGCAAGUCGCUAUGCUAUCAAGUCCCUGCCAUGUGUUUUAAAGAGGUAGACAAACUGCUCGGGAUUCGACAAAACCACGCUGAAGGUGGAAUCACCCUUGUUGUCUCCCCCUUCAUCACGUCGAUGAGGGAUCAAGUCGAAGAGCUACGCGGCAAGGGCGUUCGAGCUGCAGCCCUCAACUCCCCCAUGGCAGGUGAAGAUUGGCUUGUAAGACUUCGAGCGCAACKUAAAACUGAACAUCGUGAGGUUGUGAAGGGCAUGCUAUCAGGCGCACUGGACAUACUCUUCGUCACGCCGGACCGUCUAAAGGACGAAAGUUUUCGGAUACUCCUGACAAAUGUAAAAGGUGGCGUGAGACUGCUUGUGGUUGACGAAGCGCAUCGCGUCUCUGAGCAGAGCCCUGAGUUCAGCCCGAAUUACCUCUCAGUCGUGCGAUUCACCAGAGAAGUACAGGCGGAGAGGCUACUGUGUCUUACCGCAACAGCAACACCAACUGUUGCACGGCACAUCUGCAGAAGUUUCGGCAUUGACGAAACCGGCUUGUUCACGGCUUCCACCAUCAGAAGCAAUCUCCAAAUAAAAGCCAAGUUCUUUCCAACCAGAGCAGAGUCUUACCCUGCACUUGCAGCAUUCCUCAAAUGCCACCCCGGGCCCACUAUCAUAUUCGUGUCAAGUCGAAGCCACGCCGAACACUUGAUCGUAUAUUAG